AUGCCUAAGAUAAAGACAAGCCGUGUGAAAUAUCCUGAAGGAUGGGAGCUUAUUGAGCCAACGCUUCGGGAUCUGGAGGCCAAAAUGAGGGAAGCUGAAAAUGAUCCACAUGAUGGGAAGAGGAAAUGUGAAGCUCUUUGGCCAAUCUUCCGUAUUUCUCAUCAAAAGAGUCGCUACAUAUAUGAUCUUUACUAUCGAAGGAAGGAAAUAUCGAAAGAGUUAUAUGAGUUUUGCUUAGACCAAGGUUAUGCAGAUCGCAAUCUGAUUGCAAAGUGGAAAAAGGUUGGCUCGGGUUCUUUUACUGUGACUAUAUUUGGAUUCUAUUACUCAAUUCUCUGGAUCGCUACUAACGAUUAUUCUCUCGAGUCCUUUUGCAGCCAGGUUAUGAGCGCCUCUGCUGCCUUCGCUGCAUACAGACACGAGACCACAACUUCGCAACCACUUGCGUCUGCAGAGUGCCUAAGCACCUCAGGGAGGAGAAGGUGA